GGGAUCCCUGCGAAAUCUGCAGGCUCGGCGGGAGCUGCGAGGCCGAGGUCACUAGUGGGUUUGCUCCUCGUCGGCCGCAGGAGGACGGAAGUGCCGGCCCCGCCUGAGCGCAGCUUCGGGAGGUGGACACUGGACCGCCGUGCCCUGCCGCCCGGGGCGGAGAGCACCGUAGAGCGGUGUUGAUGCUGAAUAGGCCUGAUUAGCUUAUCAAAAUGGCUGUAUCCAAAGAUGCCAUCCCUUCCUUAUCGGAAUGCCAGUGCCAGAUCUGUAUGGAAAUACUCAUCGAGCCCGUGACCCUUCCUUGUAACCACACUCUCUGUCGUCCAUGCUUCCAAUCAACUGUGGAAAAGGCCAGUUUGUACUGUCCUUUCUGCCGCCGCCGGGUCUCUUCUUGGACUCGGUACCAUACCCGAAAAAAUUCCCUUGUCAAUAUGGAACUGUGGGAGAUCAUUCAAAAACACUAUGCAAAGGAAUGCAAGCUUAGAAUUUCUGGGCAAGAAUCAAAGGAAAUCGUUGAUGACUGUCAGCCAGUUCGUCUAUUAAGUAAACCUGGAGAACUGAGAAAAGAAUAUGAAGAGGAGAUAAGCAAGGUGGAAGCUGAGCGACGAGCCAAUGAGGAAGAAGAAAACAAAGCCAGUGAAGAGUACAUACAGAAAUUGUUGGCAGAGGAAGAGGAGGAGGAAAAAAGACAGGCAGAAAAAAGGCGAAGUGAGAUGGAAGAACAGAUGAAACAUGAUGAAGAACUGGCAAGGAAGCUCAGCAUUAAUAUUAACAAUGUCAAUGAGAAAAGCGUCUUGACUUCUCCCCUGAGUUCCAGAAAAUUGGAUCCAGUCACAAACAGAUCACAGAAGAAAAACAAAAACAAGCAAAGAUAUUCCGGAGAUAUUCAAAAGUACUUGUCACCUAAAUCUGAGUCUGGAUCAACGUCACAGUCUGAAGUUGUCUUUGAAGAAGAUAAACACUCAACUCAGGAAAUUAACAAUAGUGAAAUGAAAAGCCCUAUGUGUGAAGACACAGAAAUUGAAAAAGAUAUGCCAACACUUUCUCCACAAAUACACCUUGAAACUCAAGAACAAGGUACAAAGUUUUCAGCAGAGUCCCCUCUGCCAUGGUUACGUGCCUAUGAGUCAGAACAAUGCCUAGACGAAAAAGCUAUAAAAAGAUCAAACAAUCAUGAUAAUGAAAUAUAUCUUGUAAAUCAUGACAAAUCUAAAACCAAAGUUCCCUACUCUACAGAGGCUGCAGUUAAGGCUGAUGGCAAAACAGAAAUAGAUUACACUGUAUCAGGUAAGACACAGAUAACUGGAGACAACACAGGUCCAACAGAAAACGGAGAGUCUAACCUGCUGACCAGCAACGACAUACCCAAAAGGAAAAACCAGGAGUCUUCACCUGAAUCAGUCACAGACCCUUGCUUUUCUGCAAAAAAGAAGAAAAUGUUUCCCAAAUCUGCCUCAAAUCAUGAAGGAACAGAAAUGAGUUUUACCCAAAAACUGAUAGAUUUGGAACAUCAUCUUUUUGAGAGACAUAAACAAGAAGAACAGGACAGAUUAUUAGCAUUUCAGCUUCAGAAAGAGGCAGAUCAAGAGCUAACAGUGCCAAACCGGCAGAAAGGCUCCCCAAAUGAGUACCAGCUGCGUACUGCAUCCUCACCCCCAGACAAGCGGCUAAAUGGACAGAGGAAGAGUUCCAAAGACAAGAACUCCAUAAAGCAAACUAAGAUAGAGUACUCAAAAGCUCAGAGAGACACAAAAGAUGAAAAUUGGCAGCCUUCUUUUAAAAUCCAGCUGAAGCGUUCAGUUAAUGGUAAAAAAAUGCCAAAUUCUACUAGAGAUAAUUGUAAAGUAUCUAAAAGUGUUCACUCCCUACAGCCUAAUAAUUCACAGAAAAGUAUUUUUCAUAUGUUUCAGAGAUACACUAAGUAACACAUGGUGAAGGGACGUUUUGUAAUCUAAUAAAGCUGGGUUGUCAUGCUCCCUUUCCAUCAUAGAAUCUUUAUAGAUUUGUCCUUAACUUUUGUUCUGUAAGCAUGUUCAUUUUCUUUAAGGAUUGUGAUUAAAAAGGAAGACUAUAUAAUAUGCUUCUAUAAAAACUCACUAAAAAGCCUGA